UAAACAAGAGAUCUUUACAAAAUUGCACUAAGUUCGGUUACUUAAUCAAUCCUUAAAACAAGUUCUACAAUGAAGUGCGCCGCGCUCCGGUUCCUGUCCCGCCGCUACCUGAACCCAAACACCCUUGCCGUGCGCUGGAAACACGAUAAAGUUAGCCCCAACAAACCUGACCUCCAGAGCGGACCUGGGCUGCAGGACUUCAUUAGCGCCUCCGCAUCGUCCAACGGUACCAAUGUCCACCAGGUUCAACACCCGCGGGACAUCCCGCCGUACCUGUCCCGGGAGAGCUUGCUGGGCCAGAGGAGGAAGGUGUUCUUCGAGGUGUACGGUUGCCAGAUGAACACCAACGAUACGGAGAUUGUGUGGUCGAUUCUUAAGGGUCACGAGUACCAGCGGACCGGAAGCAUUAAGGACGCCGACGUGGUGCUGCUGAUGACCUGCGCGAUUCGGGACGGAGCGGAGAGUACGGUGUGGAACCGGUUGAAGCACGUGCGGUUGAUGAAGGAGCGGCGGGAAUCGGAGGGAAGGGCGUUGCAGGUUGGGGUUCUGGGCUGCAUGGCUGAGAGGUUGAAGCGGCAGCUGGUGGAGAAGGAGGGUUCCGUUGAUGUGGUUGCGGGUCCGGAUAGCUACAAGGAUUUACCGCGGUUGUUGGCGGUUGGCCAGAAGGGACAGAAGGCGAUCAAUGUGCUGCUUUCGUUGGACGAAACGUACGCGGACGUGAUGCCGGUGAAACUGGAUCGAAAGUCGCGGACGGCGUACGUGUCGAUCAUGCGAGGCUGCGACAACAUGUGCUCGUACUGUAUUGUUCCGUUUACGCGAGGGAAGGAGCGGUCCCGGCCGGUGGCUUCCAUCCGCGAGGAGGCUCUUCAUUUGGAGGCGAAAGGAAUUAAGGAAAUUACGCUACUUGGACAGAACGUGAACAGCUAUCGGGAUCUGAGUACGGAGUCGGACGGCGAGAGGCAAGCCUCCGUUUUGGCACCAGGUUUCAAAACAGUCUACAAAACCAAGGUUGGAGGUCUGAGAUUCGCCGAACUUUUGUCGGAACUCGCGGAAACAGUCCCAGAGAUGCGAAUCAGAUUCACCUCCCCUCAUCCAAAGGACUUCCCCCGUGAGGUUCUAGAAACCAUCGCUCGCUACCCGAACAUCUGCAAGAGUCUCCACCUACCAGCACAGUCCGGCAGCUCAACCGUCCUGGAACGAAUGCGCCGCGGCUACACCCGGGAAGCCUACCUAAACCUAGUCGACGAAGUACGCACCAUCGUGCCGAACGUGACCCUGUCCAGCGACUUCAUCUGCGGUUUUUGCGGUGAAACCGACGCAGAAUUCGCCGAAACACUGUCCCUGAUCGAGCAGGUCGGCUACCACACGGCAUUCCUGUUUGCGUACAGCAUGCGGGAAAAAACGACCGCCCAUCGGCGCUUCACGGACGACGUCCCAACCCCCAUCAAACAGCAACGUCUACGCGACAUGAUAAAAGUCUUUCGCGCGGGAGCGGAACGCCUGAACGCGCAGUUUGUCGGUCGCGAAGAGUUGAUCCUCGUCGAAGGGGCGAGCAAGCGGUCGCCGAACGAUUUGGCCGGACGGAAUGAUGGCAACGUGAAGGUGAUUAUUCCCGGAGGGGAUGUUCCCGUUGGAGGGGAGGACGCCGGCGAAAGGAAGACCAUCGUGAGUGGGGAUUACGUUGCGGUCAGGAUUGUGGAGUCGAAUUCCCAGAUUCUGAAGGCGGUGCCGCUGUAUCUGAGUGGUAUCAGAGAGUUUGCCGACAGAAAUGGAGCAAAGAAGUUGGCGGAGAGUGUAAGUUGUUGAGAAUAAUUAGCUAAGUUGACUAAAGAUACUGCUGU